AUGGCUGGCACUGACUCACAGGUGGGGCGCUGUGUUGCCUUACAUGGCCUUUUCUGCCUGAUCUUUGUGUUUGCUUAUGUGAUUCAGAGUGCUUGGAUGAGAGAGGCCGCGCCAGUCAACGAGCAUCAUGACGGCAACCAAACACAAGUACGUGAAGCACCUGUGCAGAUCCAUGAUGAGUCAGUGCUGCAGUAUGAUCCCGUGUCUGUUGUUGGUCAGGCUGGCCUGUCACUCACUGCCGCCCCUGCAGAUGAGUCACAUGAGCAGCAAGAGGGAUCACCCGUCGGGCCUGCAAGUGAGUCGACAAGAUGCCGAUCGCGUUUCGCUUCGGACGAUCUGUUGACUGAUCCACCACCACUAGUGCGCACUGGCUUGCAAGUAGGCAGACUUCAGAGGCGUCGACGACAUGCAUGCGUCUGCCUUCCUGGUGCUGUCGUUCACUUCAGCCCUCUAGUGGUGAUUUUUCAUUGCCGGUGCCAUCAGCAGCUCCUGGCCCGCCCGCUCCGGCCGUCGGGCAGCCAGGAACAGCGCAGGUGAGGCAACAAGCUCCAGUCUUUUGUCCUGUGUGAGUACAUAGAAGGCCUUCUUUCCGCUCUGUGUAUAUGUGUCUGUCAGUAUCCUUCCGCCUCCCCACUUCCUCGUGCCAUGCCACACAUCGGUCAUGGGAUAGUCAUCACGCAGUGGUCGUCACGCAAUCGCCUUCAGUCCCUCCCGCCAUCACAGCCUACAACACCAACGACAGCGCCGUCCUCACAUAUGGUAUGAACCGACAGACGUACGCACACUUCGUCGAAUCAUCGCACUCUUGUGUUUGUCCAGGUGACGACUGGGAGGGCGGGGGAGGUGUGCCUUGGAGAGCGGCUGCAGGUGGUGGAGGAAUUCAAUCGACGCAAGCAGAGCGGGGAGAAGAUCUCGAUGCCUCAGUUCGCACAAGAGAAGGGCGUGACCCUCGACCAACUGAAGAAAUGGUGCUCUAAGGUGAAAAAGCAGAGGGAGUCGGGCGAGCAUGUGAUGGACCUCAGAAUGAAGCGCACCAGACCCCCAAAGUAUCCGCAGAUCGAGGAUGAGAUGAGGAAGUGGAUGGCGGGCCUGGAUGAUCCUGCGAGUGUCCGCACGAAGGACAUCCAGGCUAAGGCGCUGGAAAUUGCCCUUCGGCUGGGGAUCAGCGACUUUACGGCAAGCGAUCCCUGGGUCAGGAGCUUCAAGGAGCGAUAUCAGCAGGUAGGGUGCGGGAUGAGGUAUAUGAUUGUCUCUCAUUCUCUUUUGCUGUUUGUCGUCUUCGCCGAGUCUUCCUUUUCCGCAUCAGCCCGCCCUUCCAACGCCCAUGGCCUUCACUUGCCAGUCAACAGCAGCAUACACACCCGCGAGCGGAUUGCACGAGUCGAGUCUGCAGCCGCCUGCACAGGCGAGGCAUACGCACACAAAGACAUCGAAUGCUUAUCCCUCAUCCGUUUUCUGUUGCCCGCUGCUUGCCUGCGUUUCCAGAGCCCGUAUUUGUCACCCGAUCCACCUGCUGCCGCCGCCGCCGCUGCUGCUGCUGCUGCUGCUGAUGCCGCCCUCUCUGCUGAUGAGAGAAGUCCGCUCGACCCAUCAUGUCACGUACCGAUCAGAGAGGACGGGAUGCAGCCGUCAGAUGUAGGAGAAGGGCAACUACACGACUGCUGGUUUCGUCGUACACACAUUGUCUGUGUGCUUUGUGUGCAGGCGCUGGAUUGGCUCAAGACUUACUUGCGUGAAGCCAUCCAGAAGUCAGUGCGCGAGGAGGACAUCGCCCACAGACUGAUGUGCACUCAGGUGUAAAAGACUCAAAGGAUCAUGUGUCAUGGAUAGAUCUCUGUGCGGUCGAUCACCAGGUCGUUGGGGCGCUGCUCGACCAAUUUGAUGUAUUGAGUGUCGAUGAGUCUGAGAGCGAUGAAGUACGCCUGCAUGCUGUUGUCACCAAUGCCUGUUGCUCACUCUUUCUACUUCACACAGGUCCGUCUCCUUGCUGGGCGCGUCAGCGAGCACCUGCAAGAGCUCUGUUGUCAAAGUGAGCACCAAUGUCACGUCAGGGCCAUCCACGAAAUACGGUGUGUCUGGUGUCCUGUUAUGUGUUUUAGUGGAUUGGCCAAUCAACGUCACGGCGCCUCAGCAGACUGUCCCCAGGCCGUCACCCGCCCCACCUCCUGCUGCUGCUGCUGCACCUGCUGUGGGAGUGGGUCAGGGGCCGCAUGGUGUGACUGACAGGUCCACCGAGCCUCGUCUGGCCCAAGAUAUGUCCACACACAGAGAACAGGUCCUCCAUUUUCCACAUACAUAACGGCCUCACACGCAUAUCGCGUGUUGUGUGUGUGUCUGAUAUCAGAGUUUACCUCUGGCCGAGUCCGUCCCCCAGCCUCUACAUCCCCCUCUACCUCCACCCCUUCAUCCCCAAAUGCAGCCUGCCCACGUGGGCAGGCCGACACCUCUCCCUCAUCAGGAAACAUCACGAGCACCAAGUCAAGCGUCUGACGAGGAGAGUCACUCUGCAUACUUGCGCGCAGCGGAUGGCUUCAUUGGCUCACUUGAACCGAGCAUUGACACGGUACAGACAGCACUCACACACCGAAGCAGGCAGAGACCCGGAGGUGAGCUGAUUGGUUGCAGGCACCGAGACGUCCAGCAGAGCGUGAGGCAGCAGCCACUGUCGAUCAGCAGUCUGAGCACACAAUGAGCGUAAGCAAAAGAGCUGCUUUUGGCACCAAACGGGUGUGUCACGUUUUGUUUGUUCAGGUGGCAGCAUCUGAGAGCGGGCUGACUGGGGUGAGACCGCCGGUGAAGAUCCAGAGGAGCGACAAGCGCAGCCAUCGGGAGGCUCCACCCUCCGUGGUCAGUGGAGUUGAAGAGAUGAGCACGGAUGCAAAUGGGCAGCCUUUGUCUCCGCAUGUGCAGGUGCUGUCCCGUUCGUGUGCCGAGAGUGUCAUCAGCGUCACAGCGGAUGACUGCCUCAGUGACGGCAGACAGAAGGCAAGACCAAAGAGAGGCAGCAGCUCUGUUGCCAGUCUCAUUGUUUGUCUGGCCUUAUCACUCUCGCUAUCUGCAGGUGAUUGCGGGAAGCAGCCUGAGUGCGCCUGAGUGUGUGGCCCUUCACUCCCUAUUCGUGGCCGACUCGGCCAUAUUCGACAAGUGCCAGUUCACAUGCCUGUACAGGUACAUACAUGGCAAGGCAAUAGAGAGGAUAUCAGGAGGACCACCAGAGGCUGUCUUUGUGACCCCCUUGUCUGACAGGGCCUCUGUUGACGGCAGCGGCUAUGGCGAUCUCCUUCGCUGUGUCGGUGAUUUGAGCAGCCUCGUGUUUAUCCUUCGCAAGAAUGGCGAUCUUUUCGGCGCUUAUAUGGGCAAAGAAAUCAAGCUGCCCAACGACUCCGCCCUUGUCAAUACUUACGAGUCUGGAGUGUGGCGUUUUUCCCUCGGAGACGCUGCGGUUUAUGACGACUGGCCGUUUGUGUGCGUGGCUGGCCGCGAGGGGGCUGUGGGCGGAGUGGCAAUGAUGCAGUUAGGAUCUCGUCUUUGCUUGGGCUAUGGAGAUCGAGAUACUGGCCCUGCUGAUGACAUGCGCAGCUACGGCCUUUUUGCCGAGCCGGUAGACUCCAGGCUGAGGAUGGAUGAGCCGUGCGAGUCGUCAGAGGUUUUCGUCGCUGACGAGCUGGAGGUGCUUCGCGCCGACGCACCAGCAACAAAGCUAUCACAGGUCAGAACGACAAUGCAGGCCAGGACUGCUCUGACUGCUUCGUGUGUUUUCUCGACAGGACUUCAUUGAGAACCUUCGGCGCCGCAAUCUCUUCAUCUACAACAUCCCAUCCGACUGGACGGACGAUGACCUUGUCAAGGUUAGACACACAGACAGACAGACAGACAGCCAGACAGCUAGACAGCCAGACAGACAGACAGACAGGCGGGGAGCAGAUGACAGCUCUCUUUGUGCGUUUCUGCAGUUUUUUUCGGAAGUAUGGGAAUAUCGUGUCACCGAAGGUCGUCUGUGAUGAGGACACAGGGCGUUCGAAGGGCUACGGCUUUGUAUGUUUUGACUCGCCCGAUGCGGCAUCAAACGCUAUCGACGGCAUGGACGGCUCCGUUAUCGACGGCAAACGACUCAAAGUCCAGCUAAAGAAGACACGCACGCGCCACUCAACCGUGUGGACGCGGGAGAAACAAGGUCAGGUGAAAAAUCACCUUCGACAAACCACGUACAGCUGUGUCGUGUUUGUGGGACGGUCCCGUAGAUGUGGGAGACACUCAUGACAAGGGUACUCAGCCCACGUCACUCAAUGCAGCGCAGCCGCCUCUUCACGCCCAUUCUCAUCAGGAACCCCAGGAAGGUGAGCACUAAGUCUCUGCUCGUGUGUAUAUGUGUGUCUGUGUGUGUAUGCAGGUCGCAGCGACAACCCGCCUCGGAGAGGAGGGGACGGCGAGCAGGGGACGUAUCCGCCAGACGUAGGAGAGAGAUGCGAACUACACGCCUGCUGAUAUGUCGCACCCGUUUGGUCUAAUGCAGGCGCUGGACGAGCUGAAGUCGUAUUUGCGUGAGCUCGUCCUCGAAUUACGGGAGCACAGACUCACCCAGCCGCAGGCAAAGAAGCACCAGUUUUUCACGGCUGAUGAAUCGGUGAGGACGACUACUGUGUCAGCACAAAGAUAUGGCUGUUGUCCUUGUGUGUCUCGUGUCUUCUCUAGCCCGUGGCUCCCGACCUCCGCCGCAUUCGUCAAUUCCCAGAAUUGCACAAGGUCAAUUAAGGCAUGUGCACAACGGAAUUGAUUGACCUUAUUCGCUUACUGCAGCAAGACGAGUAUCGUUGGUCCACUCCGGAAGUGCGGGCGUCUCGGUGGGUGCGUGACGUGACUCUGAAGCGACAUACCCACGUGUGUGCAUUUUCAGGCCCUGUUGCAAGACAAAGCUCCCCUUCGCUCACGGCAGGCAAGUCUUCGGACAGGAGCCAAUCGAGGCCAACACAUUAUCCAAUCGAGUCGCACAGAAUGACCGUACCAGGGAAUCGGAGCGGUCCGGCGUGUUUAUUCGUGCUUCGCCGCCAUCACACCCAAUCCCCCAGGCGACAGACAGCCGAUUGCAGCUCCCAGCACCGUCACAUGAUACUCUGCCCAGGGCCUCUGUCAAAGAUAACAUGUUCUACAAGACGCAACCCUGCAAGUAAGGGAGAGCGAAGCACACUCGUACAGCCUGCACUGGUCGCCUGUGCUUCAGGUACUGGUCUGAGAAUCGUUGCCAGCACGGCGAGUCUUGUCGGUUCGCGCACGGCCUGCAGGAGCGGCGACCGCUCCCCGACCGUAAGCAUUGAGACGCACCGACAAAGUCGCAUUACCACACGCAUUAUCAGUGAGGUGGUGGCUGUUGUCAGUGAGCAAGACUAAGCUGUGCCGCGACUUUUCGGCGACGGGGAGAUGCGACCAAGGGGCAUCCUGCCUGUUUGCUCAUGGCCACCAGGUACAUGCAAGACAAGCCAGCGACCAAGCAGAUAGUGCGUUGAUACUAUUUGAUGUGCUCAGGAGCUCCGAUCGACUCCCAACAUCUUCAAGACUACCCCCUGCAAUUUUCAUGAGCAGGGCUACUGCAAUCUUGGUUCUGCGUGUCGAUACGCCCACGGAGUCGACGAGCUUCGACGGCGACCGGGCGAUGCCUCUAGACUGCCACGGCUGGCUCCGGCGACGUCAUCCAUGGCGAUAGGCAUCGGCGGCUCCGCACUUCCGGGCAGGGCGUCACAGCGACAGGUACAUGAGGAAGGGAGAGGUUAGCUUUUUGGCACUUAGUCUGUCCAUCUCUCUGUUUGAACACGCAGGCCUCUCCAUCUCACUUCAACGGGCCGGGACAUUCAACUAAGGCCUCCCAGCAAGCUGAUGAUUUGAAUCAGCAGCCACACCGGGAUGAAGAGGGCGGCAAGGAAGCCGAGACGGGCGGUGCACAGUCCGCUAAACCUUCCUCACAGCCUGAAGGUGGUCAGGAUGAGGGCUAUGAGGGAGUCGUCGAUGGCCAUAGCGGUACGGCUGAGUCAGCCGAUGAGGUCUACAACGAGCCACCCGUCUUGCUCAGGUCAGCCUGCCAUAUACAGACACAAUACGUGACGCCGACCUAUAUGUACGUAAUGCAGAUACAAGGACGUCUACGAGUACUACGACACUUACACCUCACUGAUCGAGGCCGAGGCCGAGGAUAUAAGGAGCCGCAAAGAGUCGCAAAGACAGGUGGGUGAGUGGGUGGCAACAUGCCAGCGCACGCUGGCGUCUCUCUCUCUCUCUCUGUGUGUGUGUGUGUGUGUUUUAUGUGCAGACCAACAUCACUGUCCGUUGGGAAGUUGCGUCGAAUCGUCGUCGCACGGCCAUCUUUCUACUUCCCCAGGACGAAAGCAGCAUGCGCCCUGUCGUGGGUGAUGAACUUGCAAUCAAAUACACCUACAACGGUAGGCACCUUUCUGCUUAGUGAUUCUGUGUGACAUACUGGUGUGGGUGCUGUGUGUUGUGUCAGGUGGUGAGGAAUGGAAGCAGGAGGGCCACGUCAAGAUGAUCACACCUCAGUGGAUCACGCCACAUGAGGAAGUGGUCCUCGAGCUGCGUGGUCCCGUUGGCCAAAACGUACGUGCGUGCAGCACAUGGAUGGACGGAUGGAUGGCCACAUUUUUGUCUUGAUCAGGGUCCGUGGGAGCACGACAUCAUACAGCCCUACAGCGUGGAGUUCGUCUCGAAAGCUGUGAAUAUCGGCCGGUGGGCGGCCCAUAGACCCACACAGCAAUGACCCACACCCACACGCAAAAGACACACACACAAGCCGCCUGCACAUUCAGGAUGAGGGGUGCCUUGAAUUUGCUCGCCCGUGACGAGACCUCGGUCAGCAACUAUCUUUUCUGUAAGCUGCUGGGCAAUCUGAUUGGCGAUGACGAAGUCAAGGAACCUACUAUUGAGUAUGUCAAGAUACGGCUCCAGCACACACCUGAUGUCAUCUGGGUGAUGCGAAUAUGUAUCAGGCCGACGCUGCGGGGUGACUUGUCUGUCUCCGGUUUGGCCGAGCUGAACCGUUCGCAGGCCUUCGCCGUCAAGCAGGCGCUGCAGUUGCCACUGUGCCUCAUCCAGGGGCCGCCAGGCACCGGCAAAACCCUCACAUCGGCCACGAUCGUCUACCACAUGUGCAAACAGGGACAGGUACGUAGCAGCCCACGACACAGCUUUCGUUGCUGUACGCACCGUUUUUGUAUUAGGGUCAGGUGUUGGUAUGCGCACAAUCCAAUGUCGCUGUGGACAACCUGGCGGAGCGGCUGGAUCGAGCACGCCUCAAGGUGACACAGAGAGAAGCUGCACACACGAAGAGACGACGAUGCAGCGAGCUACCCAUCUGCUUAUUGCCACCCGCCCAUGUGCACUUCCACAGGUGAUCCGUUUGUACGCUCGCGGCCGCGAAGACGCGCAGUCGAGUGUGAAGGAUCUGGCCCUCCACAGUCAGAUCAGGCGCAUUAGCAAGGCUGGUUGGGGUCCCGUGCAGGCAGAAAUUGCCAUGCUUGAGAGACGGAAGGUACACACACAGAGCCCACACGAAUUCAAUUGCGUCGUUUCUCAUUACGCCAUCUACCUUCCAAUGGAACAACAGGAGGAGAGAGGCGCGUUGCAGAAUACGGAUGAGUAUAGGCUCAAGAAGCUGCGGGGCAAACUCGAGAAGGAGCUGCUCACUGCCGCCGACGUCAUCUGCUGCACAUGCAUCGUGGCAGGCGACCAACGGCUCGAAUGCUUCAGAUUCAAGCAGGUCAGUGUGUUGGCCUCACUGGCGAUAUGCGUGUGCAUCGAUCGGUCUGUCAAUCAGGUGCUGAUUGAUGAGGCAACGCAGGCGAUGGAGCCGGAGUGUCUCGUGCCGAUCGUCAUGGGCGCCAAGAAGCUGGUACUUGUCGGCGAUCAGCGCCAGCUUGGACCUGUGGUGAUAUGCGAGGCAGUUAAGGCGGGCCUGUCGCAGUCGCUCUUUGAGCGACUCAUCCACCUCGGAAACAAGCCUAUCAGACUCGAAGUAUGCUGGUCACACACACAUGCGCACACAGCGUCUGAUUGUCAAUUGAUGUGUGACAUGUGCAGGUCCAGUACCGAAUGCAUCCGUGCUUGAGUGCAUUUCCCUCUCAGUUCUUCUACGACGGCUCACUGCAGAACGGCGUCACGAUCAGAGAACGCACCUUUGAGAGCCUUCACUUCCCCUGGCCGAAGUACGCGACAAUCAAGCAGAACGAUAGACAGACAGACAGACAGAGGGAGCAAUUAGGCUUUUUUUGCAUCGAUGUGCGGAUGCAGCAAGGAGAUGCCGAUGUUCUUCUACAACUGUACGGGUCCCGAGGAGAAGAGCGGCACGACGUUCCUCAACCGCACGGAAGGCGACCACAUCAGGGAACUCGUCACUUGUUUCCUCAAAUGCGGACUCAAGUAAGCACGCGCACACAAAGCAUCGACAAAGACGAAAGAGGGACAAUCUGUGCUACACGUGCAGGCCGCAUCAGAUUGCCGUCAUCACCCCCUACGAGGGCCAGAGGUCUCAUAUUGCGGCGGUGCUGGAUAUGGCCUUAACCUGGGAGGUCUUCAAGGGCAUCGAAGUCGCAUGUGUCGACGCAUUCCAGGGACGAGAGAAGGACUUCGUCAUUCUCUCAUGUGUCAGAUCGAACGAAAACCAAGGUCACGCUGACACAUUUAACACACUCGCCCAUAUAUCAUAUGUGCGGCUGCUGGUGUGCAGGCAUUGGGUUCUUGAACGAUCCUCGUCGUUUGAAUGUGGCUAUCACACGCGCGAAGUACGGUCUGGUCAUCUGCGGCAAUGCCGACGUCUUGGCCGGGGGCAAUGUAAGCAAAUGAUCGACCAACGGACCGCACGUAUGAAAACGCAUGUCAAUGCGUCGCUCGUUCUUAGGCACCAUGUGGUCUAGCUUGCUGAAUCAUUUCAAGCAGUACGAGCUGGUGGUGGACGGCCCGCUGUUCAACCUGAGGCCUUCGUCCAUGCCUGUCCCAUCACGAAACUGGACCGACGACCGCGCCAAUUCACUCAGAUGUGGGCGGCAUUUGCGCAAUGAUUGGUUUUUCUCUCUGUCUCUCUCUCUUGUGUGCGAACACAGAUGAGAUGUCUGACUAUGAGCGCAUGCGGCCCGCCGGCCCAUUCCAGCCACUUGGGUACGCACACCAAACCAUCCACGCGACACCUAUGCAUGUACGUGUGUAUGUGUCAGGGGGCCGCCGAAAAUGCUCGCUCCUCUCCCGUGCCCCGUGCCCCGUCAGGACGCAUCUCUUCCCCCUGCCCCCAGCAGCAGCAUCAGCAACAGGAAGGUGGUGAUAGCCGUGGCGGCCGACACGAGACGGCCACGAGCGGGGGCGGCAAGCGGUUCACACGUGCCGAGCUCUUCGCGUUGGCCAGGCUGCACGAGCAGACGGCCUCGAGCUCAUCAACGGGGAUCGUCGACAGCAGGAAAGCGGCAGACGUCAGUGCCGGCGGUGCACUCGGUGUGUGGGGGGCCGCCAAAAGUGAAGCCGAGACAGUCGAUGGGAGCAGCACCGAGGCGCCCAACAAUGGAACAGAGGGCCAGGCGAGCGCAUCAGCUGCAGAAGCCAAGACGGACCAUCCCUCACCGAGCAGACAGUCAGCCACCACACCAACUGCGGGCUCUUCACCAGCAGUAACGCUUUGCGAGUUGCUCAUGCUGGAGUUCAUUCAAAGCGCAUGUGCCAGUUUCUUUUCGAGACUACCGGUGUCGACUCAGCGCCAGACGAGAACAACAGUGGGCAAGACGGAGAGGAGGAGAGUCCAGAUGAAGAGCUCGAGAUUGAAGAGCUCGAGAUGCAGCUGCUGCAGCUUUAUCAGCAAAACAGGAGCACGUGGCCACAGUCGAUGCGUCUGCCGGCGGGGGCGACGAGUAUGGAGCGACAGGUGCAGCAGGGCAGAUUUGUGUGCUGCGCCAGGUGUGGCGAGGCGGGUGCGCACGGGGUCGAGCUGGGCACCUGGGACGAACAAAACUGCCCAGGUAGCACCACAGCGAGAGGCCCCCUUGGUGCUGGUCUAAUGGACUGUGGCUUCUCUUUUGUGUUCAGCCCGUUUGUGUUCUCGCUGCAAAGACUACAUCCGGUCGGAGCACACUGACACGGUAACAUAACAUCAGAGCUGGGACUUGUGUCGGGUCGGGUCGUGUGGGAUGAGGGACUCUGUCUGUGUGUCUGAUUUCCCUGGAUCAGGUGCAGCAUCCAGCGAAACUCGCGCGCAACGAAUGGCCAGAUCAGGGCGUCCUGGUCACCUGCAUCGACUGCGGCAACCUGGGCCACCUCAACUGCCGCCAGACACCGCAACAAGACAGCCUCACUGCGCCCCGGUGCUGCAACUGUGGUGCUUAG